AAUCGUCAAUAUCCUAAUUCUGUCUUAUGUUAAGACAUUAUUUGGCUUAGGACUUCUUCAUAUAAACAAUACACUUGCACCACCCACCCAAAAUGAAAUUAUAGCAAUUUCUAGAGAUUAUGUUGCAAAACUUAGUUGCGCCAUUAUCAUAAAUAAAACGGUCCAGCAGAUGCAAUCACAGACCCAGCAGCGCAAAAGAAAACGAACCCAACACAGCAACGGGUACAAGCAAGACCGACGCACUCGCACAGAUCGACGAGCGAACCAUAAUAAUGCAAGCUCGUUUUGUCUGACGUAGCCAAGCCGACGUUAAACGGGAGAAAAAUACUACAGGCGCACACGCUGGUGUCGGAAGGGGAAGAGAAAAAACGGGAGAAAUAGCGGAUGGUUUGACCUCACGAAUAUCGGAUGGUGUUAUUUGUUGUUUUCAUCGCCGUUUUGCGGUGAGACUACUGAUGUAACGGUUCUUAAUUUGAUGAGCGUCGGAUUGGGUUGGCUGGACGGGAUGCACAAAAGAGCCUUUCUCCGUGUUUAAUUGCGGAUUAGGAGAGGGGGAUCAAACGGAGGAGGGGAAGAGGGGAACACAACAAGGAGACGUUCUUUAUUAGCGGUGAAGACAGCGCUAGACCAGGAGACUAGACCGAAAGCAUCGCUCGAAUGAUUGUGCUGUGGUGGUUCCCGCGACGAUGCGACGACACUGCUGGGUGAUAGUGCUGGCGGUUAUGUUGUCGUACUUCAACCCGGAGAGAGCCCUUGGAGCCCCGCAGAGAGAAGUCUCUCAAUCCAGGGCCGCGUCUCUUGCUCCUCCGCCUUACGUCGUCAUUCUCAUCUCUUGCUCGGGGCUCGUCUCCUUUGUUCUACUGCUCCUCACCUGUCUGUGCUGUAAGAGGGGAGGAGUGGGAUUCAAUGUAAGUCUCCAUCAUGAGUUUGACAAUGCAGAGGGUGAGGAGUGUUCAGGGGGUUCUAGUCCCGCCCAGGAGGACAGUCUCUCCUCUUGCCCCUCCCUACCCGAGGUCUACACCCUCCCCCUCAGGGACAGAGCUAACUGCCCCUCCCUGCAGGAUGGCUCAGACUCCAAGUCUAAGUGCUUCCGGAGGCACUCUCUCAACUACCUUCAGGAGAUAGGAAAUGGCUGGUUUGGAAAGGUGAUCCUUGCGGAGGUGCUGUGUGACUGCAGCUCCUCCCAGGCUGUGGUGAAGGAGUUGCGGGUCAGUGCCAGCCCUCUGGAGCAAAGGAAGUUCUUGGCUGAGUCUGAGCCAUACAGGAGUCUCCAACAUCCCAACAUCCUUCAGUGUUUGGGUCAAUGCAGUGAGAGCAUUCCCUUCCUGCUGGUCAUGGAGUUCUGUCAACUGGGCGAUCUGAAGAGGUACCUGAGAGCCCAGAGGAAGUCAGAUGGAAUGACCCCUGACCUUCUGACCCGGGACCUGCUGACCCUGCAGAGGAUGGCUUUUGAGAUUACCUCUGGUCUGCUGCACCUCCAUGAGAACAACUACAUCCACAGUGACCUGGCUUUGAGGAACUGUCUUCUUACCUCCGACCUCACUGUCAGAAUUGGAGACUAUGGGUUAUCGCACAACCACUACAAGGAAGACUAUUAUCUAACACCAGACAAGCUUUGGAUUCCUCUACGGUGGAUAGCCCCAGAGCUGCUGGAGGAGUACAGAGGAUCUCUGAUAGUCACUGACCAGACCAAGAUCAGCAAUGUGUGGUCCCUCGGGGUAGUGAUCUGGGAGCUGUUUGAGUUUGGCUCUCAGCCCCACAGACACCUUAGUGAUGAAGAAGUGUUGACCUUUGUCAUCAGAGAGAGGCAGAUCACCCUGGCCCAGCCACGACUCAAACUCUCCCACGCGGACUACUGGUAUGAGAUCAUGCAGUCCUGCUGGCUCCCUCCUUCCCAACGGCCCUCAAUCGCUGAAGUAUUCCUCCUUCUCUCUUCCCUCCUGGCCGCUGAGCGAGGGACGUCUCGAAGGAGUGUAGAAGAUGAUGAAGAAGAUGAAGAUGAGGAGUAUGAGGAGGGGAGAGGAAGAAGAGGAGGAGAGAGUGAGGAGUCUUUUGAGAGACGGUGGAAUUCUCUCCGUCCUCCAGCCUUCCAGGCUGCAGCAAAUGAACGACAGAGAGAACGGGAGUGUGGGAGAGAGGACAGGGGCAACUCCUACCCCCUUUUGGACCCUGUUGGGAACUGCAUUACACCCUCCUCCACAGAACUAGAUGACAUCCUAACUGUCACAGAGACCAGUAAAGGGUUAAAUUUUGAGUACUUCUGGGAGAAGGCCCAUGCGAGGCGGGGCUACCAACCACUUCCUCCUCCCCAGCCAAUUCCGACUGCCAACACUUCCCAUAGACAAUCCCUGGACACACCUACUGUCGUCCCUGUGAUAAGUGCCCGUAGUCCGUCCCUUGCCAGUGAGUACUACAUCCGACUGGAGGAACACACCCCUCAGGAUAAGUCCCCGUCACUUAAAGGGAAAGGGCACACUUUCCACUCAAACUCAAUGUGUCCCGGAGAUCUGGAGCUCGUAGAGAUACGCAGCGGAAUGCUGGGGAAGGAACGGGCGCCGUACAGCUCUGAUGAGGAGUAUACUGGGCGAGGUGGGAAAUCCAUCCAGACCAUCAGAUCCAGUGAGGUCCAGCUAAGGGUGCCUAACACUGGGAUGGCAGAGUUCAAAGACACCUCCAGUAGGGUGACUGACUUCUCAGUGGUGGAUUUAGGAGAUGACGAUGAGGAAGAGGAGGAGGGGGGUGAAGGAGACAAAAGGCCCUCCACUGGUUCUCAGGCCCCGGUCCUCCCUCCAAAGCCCCGUUCCAUGUCAACCUCCUCGGGGAACCACCUCCACUCUCGGCCCCUGCCUGCCCCCCCGUUGGGCUACAGCCGAGUGGGGCUUGGGCUUGGUCACUAUUCCACGAGUGGUAAGAUAGAAACAAUGGACCCUCUAAUGGGCUGCUGCCCACCGUCAACAUAUGAUCACUUGGGAUUCCACCGUCCUCGUCAGACCAUGCCUCCUUCCCCGUCUCUCUCUCCCUCCCUACCACAAUCUAGCCACCCUAUCUACCCAGCUCCCCAAACGUGUCCGCCCCCUCUCCCACCCCACUACAAGUCCCAAAGGGGCCUGUAUCACAGCUAUGGUGUAGACAGCUACUCCAGAUACAGCAAGGGGCAGAUGUCCUCUCAAAGAGACCCACUGACCUGUGACUACUCAGACCGACAAGGCGGCAUAAGACGUGCGACAUCGCUGCACAACUCGAAGGGAACAUCAAAUUCCCACUCGAAAGACUUUGAUUCUCCUGUCCGACGCCAGAACGUCUUUCGCCCUGUGUACCGGAACAUACCACGCUCCGACUCUGUGGUGCCCAGAAUUGAGAGGCACUCGUCCUCCAGUCCCACGUACUCAGAUGAGGAUGACUCUCCCUUCAUGUCCCCUGAGAAACCCAGUGGGGCAGGGGUGACUGUCCUGACCUCCAGCCUGUCAGAGGAUGCCGACCCGGCCACGGCCGAGCUCUUCUCCAGGGGCAUGAAGAGGACCCAGUCUCGCCUCGCCACCAUCCUGCCUGCCAUCUGGAGGGAGGACGCAGAACUGCAGGGGGACGCCAUGUCAGAUGCUAAGAAAUCCCCCAUGCACCUGUUUCUGACAGAGAUCUCAAGCGUUUCAGAAGCAAAUGAUGCCAAGUCCGAGGAGGGGAAGACCUCAUGGGAGGGAGAGAGGGAGGAGAAGAGAGAUGAGAAGAGGGCGGGGAACCUCCUCCAGCCCUUAAGAGGAGGGAUGCGCCGGUCUCAGUCACUAAUAACGGAGCUGGGCUCUGCAGGACGGACAUGUGGGCCUGACAGAUACACUAGGACACAAGAAGAGCGGGUGAGGAAAGGAUCCAUUCAAAGAGACCUAUUCCUCACGGAGAUCAACACAGGAAGGAUGGACGUAGACACAGAAGAAGAUCUGGAAAAAGAUCCAGUUAAGUUCCUUCAUCCUCCUAGCUCUAGGUUGCGCCCCUACACUUGUGCCCCUGGCCUCCCAUCGUAUGCAGAGGCAGAGGAGGCAUACUCUAGGGGUAUGAAGAGAUCCCGGUCCACUCCUCUCUGAAAUGACCUUGGGGGAGGCAGGAGUCAGAG